AUGCUGAAAAGUACGACAAAGAUUGACAGAACAAAGCGAGAACAAAACAGGAUAUUAUUGGAAAAAAAACUAUCCAAGGACUCCGUCACUUCCACGAAGUUCUGUGAUUCAUCCGAGGACAGAGAAGGAGGGUCUAUCACCAGUAGUAAUGCCAGCUUGCAUCUGUUGGAAAAUCGAAACAUUACAAGAACGUUAGAUGCGAAUAAUACAAGUUCGUUUGUAUCAGAUCAGAAGACAAAGUCCAAGGGGGGUUCUAUCAAAUCGAGUAGGAAGCAUUCGCAACACAGGUUGAGCAAAGUGAACGUCCUGGAAAAAGGAAGCGACGCCAAAGUAUAUGGUAACACUUCAGUAGGGAAGUCUAGAAGGAGCAGCACACCUUUAGAUGAAAGCAAAAUUUCGAGCAAGAGCAGCAGUGUCAUAGUUCAGGAUUGUGUCAACAAUCAGGACCACAAUACUGAAAAAACAACAGAAAGAAACAGCACGGAAUUUUUAAACGUUGAGGCAAAUAUACCACAUAUUUUAAGUAGGGUUGAGAGAACAGCAAGUGGUGAUGUUACUACAACGUUGCCUCGCACGCUUUCGUUUAAGGAAAAUUUGCUAAACGCGGAGGGUAAUUUGUAUAGCACUGUUAAGACAGAUUUGUCCUAUCUUUAUACACCCAGCAAGGCUGAUCCCGGUGUAAGUAAUCUGGGUUAUUAUAACGCACCUGAAGUUUUAAAUUCUUACCCAAGCGGUAGUUUGGCCUGCUCAGGGGUGGCAGGUUAUAGUUUCAGUCCAUAUGAUGAAAGCCUUAUGCACACAGGCACGAACGGCGACUUGAAGCAUUUUUCAACGAAUAUAUUAAGCGCACAGAGUGGCAGCCACGCGGGGGUGGACGCUUACGCUAGAAGUAAUCUGGGCACAUACCGAGGCGACGGUUUCGGGGCUUAUCCUAGUGCUAACUGGGGAUUGAAUGCAAAUAUUUUAAACUCGUAUGAACAGAAAAACGUAACCUUCAGUGAAGGUGUGAAUUCGACUUAUACCCGCUUUGUAUAUCCUAACAGCAUUGAACAGCCCUUGGCGCAGGGCGCAGAGGUGUACAGAACAACGGCAAAUGAAUGGUUCACUCCUUCCAAGGUAGCAAAUGAAAUGGACUUUACCAACAUGUACACUAGUCACACUCCGAUAGGCAGUAACGAGAGCAGCAGAAUAGGAAGCUUGGGGAAUUACGACAAUAAGGGGGAUGCUUAUUUGUCUGACAAGAGCUCUUAUUAUGUAAAUAAUGGUAACCAGGUUGCAUCCCCUGGAGGAGGGGUCGAUUUUGCACCUCUGGUGGGUAGAGGGAACGUGUACGACACGUUUGGGGGUGAGUCGGCCACUGGAAAUGGUGCGUUAGUAUCGACAUUGCCAUCUGUAUCACCAUCCGUAUCGUCAUCCAUAUCGCCAUCCGUAUCGCCAUUGGUGGCUGAGCCCUCACUUGUAUCUGUAGCUGCGGGGGCAACGAACACCACGAGUGUGCUUCCCCCCCCCAGUGGAGGCGACGUGUUGAAGUUCAAAACGGCAGAGUUUGCAAACUACGGAGACUUCAACCUUAAGAGCAGCACGGGCGAAGAGGGUGGUGUCCCGGCUAGCCUAGACAAUGUUGUGAAGGCAAGCGAGGUGAUAGAAAGUGAGAAGGUAAAAAAUGAGGUGUCCAUGUGUGAACAGGUAUCAUCGCACACGGACUACUCCCGAGCAACACACACAUCUCACGUUGUGGACAAGCGAAUUGUACAUGAAGGAUUUGAUACGAUUAAGAUUCCGAAAUAUAGGGAGGUCGAGAUUGUUGAAAAAAUUGUGGAAGUUCCUGUAGUGCACAAAGUAAACAAGUAUAUAAAUAAAUAUGAAGUUAAGGAGGUGGAGAAAGUUGUUAAGAAGCCUAUUAAUAAAUACGUAGAGACUAAGAUAGAAGUUCCGGAAUUUCAUAUUCAGGACAAAAUUGUGGAGGUCCCAGAAUUGCAAGAAGUGGUAAAGAUUGUAGAGAAGCCAGAAAUUAAGGAGCGUAUAAUAUAUAAGAAUAAAAUUGAAACCAAAAUUAUACCCAAGUAUAUUGAAGUGCCCGUGGUAAAAAUUGUGAACAAGUACGAAAGCUAUGAUGAUAUAGGAGAGGUAAUAAAGACCGUGCCUGUGAAGAAGAUUGUAGAAAUUCCAAAUGAGGUGAUUAGGAAGGUAAAGGUACCUGUGCGCAAAAUUAUUGAGCAACCUAAUUAUGUGCCCAUUAUAAAAUACCGUGAUGUGCCUAUUGAGAAGAUACGUUACGUGCCUAAGAUUCAGACGGUCGAGCUGGUUAAGACAAUUCCUAAGGUGAUUGACAUUCCUGUCCCUGUGAAAGUUCCGAAGAUAAAAGUUAUAGACAAGCCGUUCUAUAUAAAUAAGUAUGUGGACCACCCAGUCAUUGUACCUGUGUCCAAAAGGGUGAAGCCUGUGUAUAAAUAUGGGGGGAAGAAGGUGAUUGAAAUUCCCAUUCAUAAGCCUUACAUUGUUACGCACGACACGGUUGUGCCUAAGGAUGUGCAGAAUGGCAUGAGCAACGGUAGGUGCUCCGUGUACGCGAGGAAGCUGGACUUGAAUGCGUUUCACCCGGCCAAGCGAAAUGAGCUCUUCAGUUUGGUGAACGGGGGCAACUUGAACAUGGAGCGUUCUGUGAGCGCGGACAACUUUGUGGGUGCCGCUGGUCGCGUCGGUGGGGUCGGUAGCGGUAUUGGAAGUAGCAUCGGCGCUGCUGGCCAUCUGGGCGCGUUGAACUUCUCCAAGAGCAUGAACAGUGCUGUGAAUGCUAACGUGCAUAGCGCACCCAACAUGCACACCCCGUACGGCGUCGGCCUUUACUCCAACGGUGUGGGGUUCGCGAAUCGAGGUAACUUGGCGAGCGGCUUGAACGCACCGUUUGUCGGCGCGGGUGCUUUACCCAGUUUGUCUAACCAGCAGAGGCUACACCAUAAUAUCACAGCGCCCAUUUCGAUGUACAACGCGAAUUGCGACACGGGGAGAAAGGAUGGAAGAACCAGUUUACCAUUUGUGCGAAAUGUUUGCAACCAUGCCAAGCAAGGCAGUAACAACGUACCAGAGGGCCUUGCACACGGGUCGAAUUGCCAACAUCGCUUUGCAAGUAGCAACCCAGUGUUCGACCGGAGGGGAGUUGUGAACGGGCAAGUCGGUGAGAGAGUAGGUGAGGGUGGAAGUAAUGUGGCCAGCAAAUUGGGGAGUGGCGAAGGUUUAAGGAGAUACCAAUCCAGUACUGGGGCAAAUGGGCCUCAGUGUGGGGGUUGGGGUAAUCACAAGAAUAUGCGUCAAGUGGGCAGCAUGGGUAAUGGCAUGAGUCACUCCAACUCGAUAAAUGAAGCCAGCACGAUGAACCAAGCCAACAUGAUGAACCAAGCCAACAUGAUGAGCCACGCCAAAUCGAUGAGCCACGCCAAAUCGAUGAGCCACUCAAACACAAUGAGCAACAUGAACACAAUGAGCAGCAUGAACAACGGCACGUGUGCACUCCGAUCGAGGAGUCCCAGUGCCUGUUCAGCCGAUGGGAUCAGCGCGUACGUGGUGGAGUAUGUGGGCGACGAGGACAAGCGAUUCAGGGAUGGUGACUUUUCCAAUGGGUUCAGUAACCAGUUGGUAGACGACAUGGGAAGUAAUUAUUCAUUCAGCGGGGCGGCCAUGAAUUCGAAGAAUGAGUGA